AGUUUAAAAAUCCGAGCACUGGGUUUCAAGAGAGUUCCUCUUGCCCUCUUCUUUCUUCUUUGAAAAAAGUUGGAAGAGCAAUAAUGUCAAUCAACGUUUCAAAUGCAGUUAGCUGGGCAAGAGAUAUAGCACCGUCCCAUUACAUGUUGGAGAUUGAAUCAUUCUCCGGUUUUACUAAGAUGCUGACAGACAAUGGAACCCAGUUUUUCAAGUCCAAAAUCUUUGAAGCUAGUGGUUACAAAUGGACAUUCUCUUUAUAUCCCAAUGGUGAGGGUGAUGGCAAGGGACACAUCUCUGUUUUCCUGUGUAUUGAAGACACAGAUGCAUUGCCUUUGAGUUGGGAGAUAUACACAGAUUUGAAGUUUUUAAUAUUUGAUCAUAAGCGUGACAAAUACUCAAUCUUUCAAGGUGGUGUAGUUAACAGGUUUCAUAGAUUGAAACCAGAGUGUGGCAUCACGAAAUUGGUCCCUCGUGAUGUGUUUGAUGAUGCAGCAAACGGUUAUCUUGUUAAUAACAAAUGCGUGUUUGGAGUUGAGGUUUUCGUGCUUGAUUCUAAGUUUACCAGAGAAUAUUUGAAGCCAGCCUUGAAAGUUGAUAAAACCUUCACUUGGAAAGUAUCUGAGUACAGUAAAUUAAACAGUCAAACUCGUUAUUCCGAUAAAUUUACUGCAGGCUCCCUCAUAUGGAAGUUGAGACUGGACUCCCUUGGAGAUAGCAAAUCCUAUGGGGAAAACCUUGCUGUGUAUCUGAUGCUGGAUCCACAAAAUACCUGUUCUCGACUGUUGGUAUAUUUCUUGCUACGCAUGAGAAAUCAGAAGUCUGGAAAACAUAAAGAGAUGCAACUUUGUAGAUGCUUUGCUCCUGGAUCUUUAGGCUGGGGCAGUUCUGUUUUUAUGUCGCUAACUGAACUCCGGGAUUCAUCGAAUGGCUUCCUAGUUGGCGAUUGUAUUAUCAUUGAGGCACUUAUCAAGAAUGUGUCCACCAUCACAAGCUAAACCUCGAUCUUCUGGAAGGCUUUUAGAAAUAUUGUGGUGUACUAGUUUCUGCUAAGUUUAGGGGGAAGAACUAAUGCUAUAUUUGAGCUUUUGACAUGAUUUUGUUAUUUCAACUAGCUCUGAUCUGUGUUAAUAUUUGUGAUUUGUGAUGCCUUAGC